CUCUUUUUAACAUCAAAGUUACACCAUUUUCCCGUUCCUUCCUUGCGUUUGAGUCAUGUGAGGGGCCCUGUAAUGUCAACAGAGCAGGAUAAAGAUUCAUUCUCUCUAAAGCGAAACCGAGAGGGAUUUUUAAAUCACUGCAAAAGAGGCCGGUUGAAGAAGGUGGAGAGAGUAAAAUGUUUCGAUUUGGAGCAUUCACCUCACAGUUUGAUUUUACAGGAGGUGAAGGUGGGCUGGAUAUUUUAGGGGGUCCUGACCUGCCACUGGGAAGCCCUGAUAAAAAGAGACGCAAGUCAAGCACACAGGUGCCCCCAUUCUCUCCUCUCUCUGAAUAUGCCCCUCCGCCAAAUCCCAGCUCAGAUCACUUGAUAGCUGCCAACCCUUUCGAUGACAACUACAACUCACUAUCUCUGAAACCACUCCCCCCUGCUAACCCUUAUUUUGGCCACUCCCAGUACCCAGGGUUCAGUGGCUAUGGGCCGCACAGGAUGGCCCCCCAAAUGCCCAACAGAAUGCCUUCUCCAUAUGGGACCCCUUUCCAGGUGACAAACCAGCCCCAUCCUGUCUCCCAGAAUCCCAUGGGCAUGGGUUUUAACCGGGCACAAGGAUUUAACUAUGGACAUCCAGAGAACAGAAGUUAUGGGCACCAGUUUGGCGGUAGCAUCAGAAACAUGCCACUUCCUCCAGGGCAACACUUUAGACCGGGUCCUGGAGAGAAUGCCAUUCAAAUGCCACAUCAAAACCUGAGCCAAAACAGUCCUGAUGGUGGACCAGGUUUCGGUCAAGAGGGCAACGGUAGAGGAAAUCCAGUGUCCGCUAAAACUGCCCCAAAUAUGAGUCCUAACAUCUCUCAGCAACAAAAUAACUUUGCUCAGUCCAACACGCCAACACCCAAACUGGACAGAACACAGAACCCAAGGAAACGAAAUCAAAACUGUGAAGAGAACGCAUCUCAGGAUAACACUUCUGAGCUGAAGGCAAAGGGCCGAAGGAACACGCCUGCUGCUCUGGACGGAGGUAUCGAAAAACUCAAUGGUGUUCUUCACCCCAAGAAUGAAGCCAUGAAGAAGUUGCCACAACCUUCUGUUGACACCCAAGCGGAUAGAAUUCGUAGGGGCAGCAGUACCAAUAAUAAAGUACUGACCCACCCUAACAGACGGAGCACAUCGUCUUCUUCUGAGCCUGUGUACCUGUGUGGCAUCUGCCUGAGCGAAGUGAACGAUGAUCAAGAAGCAAUUUUGUGCGAGGCUUCAUGUCAGAAAUGGUUCCACAGAGUUUGCACGGGGAUGACAGAGAUGGCAUACAAUCUACUAACGGCAGAGACAUCGGCUGUUUGGGGUUGCGAUGCUUGCAUGGAGGACAAGGGAGCACAACUGCUCAAAACCCGAGAGGUGCUCGGGACGCCUUCUGUUACCAGCGAGGUAUAAUCAUGAGAUGACUCAGUGAAAGGUCACUUUUGUCGAAGCUCAAAUCAAUCAUUUCUCUUCGAUUUGAACUGAGUUCCAAAGUUUUCUUGGCUCCUCUAGUCUUUAUUCUCUUGCUUGAACUCUAAAAAAAUCAAUCGUCUCAAGAUGCGUUUUUAAAAGUUGAAGUAUUUUUUAACUUGAAAUAGCAUCUAAAAACACAAGAUGCUCCAGCGAUAGCAGUGGCACAGUGGUCAAAUACGUCCAUCUAGUGCUUGUUUACAUAGAAACACAGAUGGAUGCGUUUUAGUGUGAACAGCCCCUAAGGUUUAAAGAAAUAGUUCACCACAAAAUGAAAGUUCUAUCAUUUUUUAAUAACCUCUGGGAUGUUCCAAACCUGUUUGACUUUCUUUUUUCUAUGGAAAACAAAAGAAGAUGAUGAAAGCAUCAAAAUGCAUUGCAUGCCAGUGACACCAAACAUCAUUAGUUUCAUUACCAAACAUGGCACAGCAAGUGUGAAUAUUUGGAAGUGCAUUUGAGAUGUGACGGCUGCGACGAAGGGGAAAAAUUUCAGUGAAUAACAUCUUACAUUUUGGUCUGUUGCUCACACAACUUGAAAAAAGUCUCAAAAAAUAUGGCGCACCAGCGGUGGUUCUAGCUUGUAUGGCGCCCUGGACGAAACCCGCUUCAGCACCCCAUGCCGCCCCCUCCUCAAGAUGCCGACCCAGGUGGCUCCCCAUAUUGCCCAUGUCAAUUCCCAGGGAACACACAAACUGAUCAAAACUGAUCAAAAAUAAUAAUAAUUUAUACCUUGAAUGCACUGAGAGUCACUUUGGAUAAAAGCACACAAAGCUAUAUCUGGAAAAUUGGGAAUAUCAUGCAUGAGUUGUAUGGACUACUUUUAUGCUUUUUUAGUCUUUUUGGGGGGCUUGACAGAUGAGGUCACUGUAUGCGUUUGUUGGAAAUUAGCAGCGUGCUCAUUCUGAGAAAUGUCUCACCAAUAGAUGGUGUUCCUCAGAAGACAGAAAUUCAUACAGGUUUGUAACAAUGAAAAGGAUGAGUAAAUUAUGACAGAUUUUUUUUCUUCCAGGUGAAUUAUUCCUUAAAAGGUAGUGAUCUGCAAUCUUAUUUGGAUUAAAUAUGGAGAUCAGACUGUAUUUUUUCAUUUUUCACCAAAUACAGAAAUCGUUGGUCGAGGUCAAAUGUCUUCCAUGGACUCACUCUGAUCAAACUAUGAAACAUAUCUAUAAUGCCAUAAACUCUUCGAUUGCUUUUAAUGAUGAUUUUUUUCUUUUCUUUUUUUUUAAAUCUCUUCCCAGUUUGCCCUAUUUAACUGGGAAUCUUACAGUCUGUAUCCAGGUUUCAUACAUCUUCAACAACUCUAAACAUAUCAAGCCACUUUUCAUUCUCUUUAGCCAGAAAGUUUCUCUACUUUUAAGUUCUAGGUGAAACUGGUAGUACUCUUAUUGCUAAAAACACUUUUUAACAUGGUUGGGUCUUUCCCAUUGAAUGUAUCUGUAGUUUUAUAGACUGUUGCAUAUUUUCAGACAAGUAUCCAGAGAAUCAACACGUGUCAGAUAACCUUUGAAGGUACUGUGUAACAGCAUGUAGUUUAGUCUUAGUGAGAAAUAGACCUGGUUGUGAUGUAUUGCACUUUGCUUUGAUGUGUUCCUUCCCACAAUGUUUUGUUUAAUGCAGUGUGGAUCCUUGAUUGUUGGAUGAUCAAAUGAAAAUCUUGAAUUGGCAGCAGAGCCACAGAACAAGUUUCAAAUGGAAACAUUGGAUGCACUAGAUGCUUUUUAAUAAGUUUUGUUAUUUGCCUGCUUUGACUGGGGUUCAUUUUAUUUUAGGGCAGGAGAGAGAAGGUUUGUUACUUGAAGGCCUUAUUUCUGGGCAUGAUGCAUGAAAUAGCACACAAAUGUACAGUAUUUAUACCGUCAAAAAUACUGUGUGAAUCAGCCUUUUUAACCUUUUAAAAUUCAUUGACACUAUUGUUUUGAAAUAAUAGUGAUAAAUGUAUUCCACAUUACAGAAUGUGAAAUAUUUUUUUGCAUAACAGUAUUGAGAGUAGGAGGAAGUGCUUAACUGUCAUUACAAUAAUGUCACAAUGCAAAAAGUAUUUUCCUGUGUCCCACAAAAUGUCCUAAAAUUAGGCUUAAUUUUGAUGGCAUUGUGCAUGUAAAUGUAAUGUCCUGCUCUCUUCCAUUUGAUUGUCCAAAUAUGUCCAGACAUUUUCCCUUGAAGAUGUUGUUGCAUUGAGUAUUAUGUGUUUACACACUUUGACAGAUUUACUCUAUUGUAACAGUGCAGUAACAAAUGAAAGCUUUGUGCUGAAGGUUUUAUUUCUACCCUUCAAUUGUUUUAGGCUAAAAGAAUGUAAACAAAGCCUUAUAUGUUCCCCACCAUUUAUUAGCAAGCAUUUUAACAUUUUGUAGUGAUGAAUUCAUGAUGAUAAAAGCAAAACUACACUGUGUCAAUUGUGCAGUAGAUUGCAUAAUGUGUCUUUCAAAAUAAUGUAGGCCACAUGUGAUUGUUGACUGACCCCUGGUGCCUUAAAUCUUUUUUUUCUUUUUUUCUAAGAUUCUAAACAUAAGACAAUGCGCAGUUAAUUAUAUGCUCACUUAUUAAUUUGUGGGAAUAUUUGUUAUUUAUGCAAAUAAUUUUAUAACAGAACAAUGAAUGUACAGAGCCAAUAAACUGUAAAUAAUGAAUUAUAUGAAGUGUUUAACAAGAAUACUUGUGGCAUCCUCGAAUUCAAGCUGGUACAGUUCAUGCCGACAUUUUCUGAAUGUAAAUUAUAGUUGUCUUAUGUGUUUUAUGAUAACUCAUAUUUCCCUGUGAACAACAGCCUCAUUUAAUAGAGAAACCUGGGCAAAGCCAUUGUUUAAGUGUCUUUUAAGUGUCUUGUUUUGGUGUCACUUCAUACUGCUGCGUUUAAUAAAAAUGGU